GUGAGCGCCACUUGAACCCUACGUGCCACCGUACCACUGCCUAGGUACAACAUGGUAAUUAGUCCAAAGCUGGUUAGAUACUUGUAGGGGGGAAACGCAUUCACGUGACGUCGGAGUUACCGCAGCGAUCGCCGACCGUGUUGUUUGUUGUGAAUUAUCAUCAUCAACAGCGCCAACCAACGAGAACGACAAACGACUAACCAUAACACUGAGAGAGCCACCCUCAGAAUGCCACGCGUAAGAGAGUCGAGCGCAGUUGCCGCGACACCUCGCAAGACAUCCAUCAAGAUCCCAUUGAACGAUGAUCGUCAGGAAAAAGCGAACAGAUUACAACAAAGGAAGGCACAACAAGGCGCACAAAUGGACGCAAUAAGAGCAUCGGCCACCCCCAACCGGAGACGGCCUCUUGCAAACAACAGCCCCCGCACCCCCGCACACGACCAAGACAGCAUGUUGGAUGUCACAGGAACGGCGGUGACGCCAAUGAAGCGUAUGCCGUUGUUAGCAAACUUCGAGGAAUGGAUGAAGCUUGCGACGGACAACAAGAUCAAUGCCACCAAUUCAUGGAACUUCGCCCUUAUUGAUUAUUUCCAUGACAUGUCCUUGCUCAAGGAAGGGGAUGGGGUUAAUUUCCAAAAAGCCAGUUGCACCCUGGAUGGCUGCGUGAAGAUCUAUACUAGUCGAGUCGACAGUGUCGCAACGGAUACCGGCAAACUCCUGAGUGGCCUCGCAGAAAGUGGAAACAAGAAACGCCGUGGUGACACAGAUGAGGACGCCGACGGAGACGAAGAGGAGGAAGAGGGUGAAGAUGGUCAGAAAAAACGCAAGAAGAGAGCCCAACGAAGUGCCGAAGCGACGCUGGCCCCAUCAUUCGCACAGCUACAGAACAAGAAAAUGGAAUUAGAGCUCUCUGUAGAUCCUCUAUUCAAGAAAGCCUCCGCGGACUUCGACGAAGGAGGUGCUAAAGGUCUGUUGUUGAAUCAUCUUGCCAUCGAUGCUGAUGGAAGAAUCGUGUUCGACAGUAGCGACGAUGCAAAAGAUGCAACCGCGAACAACAGAGGCUUAACUCCAGCACCAGACCAGCUCGAGACGAUUCAGGAGGUCCCUGAGGAAGAUGACGAAGUAAACGGUAACGACAUCCAAAUUGACAUCUCUGGACUGGCCGCGAGAUUCUUCCCAGACCUUUCACGACUGGAUGAGCAGGACAUAUGCCCUUCUUUGAAAACUUUCGAUCUUGGAGAUUCCAACGGAACUUUAGAUCUUCCCUUUCUCAAAGCGCCAGAUGACUGGCGACAGGACGAGAGCAGCAAGGAUCACGGUGAUGAUGAGGAUGGAAAUCGCUCUGGUGUCUUCCUUGACGAAGACAAUGCUCCCGGCUUUGAUGAUGACGAUGAUGGGGGUAUGGCUGGUUUCGAUCUCCCACCUGAAACCGGAUUCGGAGAAGGAGGAGAAGUUUGGGCUCGCGAGGCUGCACACCUUCCUCAAGCUCGAGUUCACAAUAUCGGGAUGGGUGAAGGGGAUGACGUCUUGGAAGGGGUAGAAGAUGGGGCUUUGGGCUCGAACGACCCUGAGUACGGCCUGUCCGUCACCAACAACCGCGGGGACGAGCAAGAGAACAUUCUCAGUUAUUUCGAUCAAGCUCUGAAGAAGAACUGGGCUGGGCCUGAGCAUUGGCGUAUUCGACGGAUUAAAGAAAUUGGCAAGGCUCCACCACCAACAAAGCGAAAAGAAAAGGAACCUUUUGAGAUCAACUUCUCUGCCCCGAUGCCUCAGGCCAUGGCCGAUGUUCUCUACACUCCGGCUUCGUCCAACUCUACCAUCACUCUGCCAAAGGCGCAAUGGAAGUCGAAGUCCAGGAAUCUGCUCCCUGACGAUAAACACUUUAAUUCUAGGCAGUUGCUGCGGCUUUUCUUGAAGCCAAAUGCUCGAAUGGGUGCACGGAGAACAGUCGGAAACAGGCAGAAGGACCGGAAGUUGGAUGCCAAUGCAGGCACUGAAGUCGACGAAGCAUACUGGGCCCAACGAGAGCGUGAUGAGAACGAAUUGGCAGCUGAAGAGGCUGAGGCCAAGGGCGACUAUGAUGCAGAUUUCUUCCAGGACGAUGGACUAGGGUUGCCCGGCGAUCCGUUUGAUGAUGACAACGAUGAUCAAUUUGCAGAUGCUCGCGAUCACUUCUCCCCGCCCGCAGAGGAUGGCCCUGGACAGACACAAUCGCUUGAUGCCACGGUGGCUGGUAAUCAAGAAGGCGCUUUUGGUACACAGCUAGUCACCCAAAGUCGACGUAUAAGACCGGAAUAUGUGCAGUACGCUAGGGUAGCAAAGAAGGUGGACAUCCGACGGUUAAAGGACAACCUUUGGAAAGGAAUCGGUUUUGAGGAGAGCAAUCCCACAGAAGCAUCAGAAACUCUGGAAAAGGCUUCAUUCACGCCAGCAAACAGCACCUUGAAGUUCACCGAAGUCAUGAAUGACCUCCAGACCGUAUAUCCUUCAAAGGCGAUGGCGGAUAUUUCCACUUCAUAUUGUUUCAUCUGCUUACUACACUUGGCAAAUGAGAAGGGUCUCGUUAUCAAUAACGAACCAAACUUCGAGGAGCUUUCAAUCCGGAGAGACUUCUCUGCCGACCUUAGCGUUGGUGGAGAGUAGAUGUACAUUUAUCUAGUCGUUGGGUUCAUACGGGCGGCUCGUCAGAUAGGCGUUGGGAUGAUGGAUGAUUGAAUGCUAUACGUAAAUACCUAGCUGCGAGUAGAAUCGCU